AUGGCGUCCCAACACAUUCAGGUAGCCACGCCGCCCUCCAAAGACGCCAUCCUCGAAUCCCUCGUCGAAAAUGUCCGCGCCUGUAAUGCGCGCCUACCGCCCGGACGCGACAAGAUCGUCUUUGGCGCGUGCGAACUCGAGGCGGAAAUGCCGCUGCUUCUCAACCGGCCUGGCGCGCCCCUCCCGUGUAGGGAGCCGCCCGCCGAGUUCGAGACCGUCAACGCCCACUUUUCAGCCCAAAUGCACGCUUUCUUCAACGCACUGCACGACCUCGAGGACAUGGCAGACAAACCGUCCUCGGACAACCUGGACCUCUGCCGCCCAGACGAAUGCCUUCGGCCCGUCAUAUGCGUUUCCAACCAGUCCUUCGAACCCUACCUAGACUGCUUGCACCGCGCCUUCCACACUCGCCGUCUCACUGUCCAGAACCCGGACAGCCUGCCCCUCCUCAACCGCGUCACUCAACUGCGCAUCCUCCCCGACCGGGAUCCCACCUUUCACCUAAUCAACAUACGGCCCGUCUCCUUACGUACGCCCCUCGAACUCGCCACCCGCCUCCCUCAACUCCGCGAGCUGGACUGCCCCUGGCUAUGGGAGCGCCUUCCCGUUGCCUUCAUAUCCAAGGCACUGCGCAUAAUUUCCCGCGUCUGGGCAGGUCCUUGGCGCGAUGACCGCGCCGAGUUCGCGCAGGCUGUGCGUCAUGCUAUGCCCUUGUUACCGUCCUCCCUCACUAAGGUCCGUCUCUGGUUCUGGAGGCCUGGCUCCCAUUGGGACGAGGUGGACCAAGCGGCGCAGAUGCCCGACCUUAUUGGCGCGUUGUCGUCGUCCUCGACUAACGAGUUUAAAGGCAUAGACCCUGUGUCUCUUGGCCUACGGGACCUGGGAAGUUGCCUAGAGGAACUAGACGUCUGCGCGCUUAUUACCCCCGAUCUUUUCCCUUCCGGUGGCGACGGCUUAUCAUGGCCAUAUAUGCGGUACCUCAACGUGGAAUUUCACCCAUGCGCGCCUAACGGCAGCUGGUACUUUUCCGGCCCGCGAAGGGAAGAUCCCUAUACGAUAGGGUUCGCUAUCACGAGAGAGGAGCACUACCCGCCCGGCCAGGAAGACGACGACGAGACGCACGAGUUGAUGUCCAACGAGGAGGAAGAGUACUGGGGCGACGCACCGGAUAUAUACGACCUCCGCAACCCCGAUAUGUUCCGUCUGCGCCCCAUCGCGGAACGCAUUAACCCUUUGCUCUUAGCGUUUGCCUCGUCUCUGCAACGGGAAAAUAUGCCCGCCCUUCGAGACGCCGAGCUGUUUACGUAG